AUGGGUUUUCCACCGACAUUCGACGCCUAUGUGCCAAGCAGCCUCGAAAAUCUUCUUUCCUCUGGAAAAAUAACUCCCGGAUAUGUCUCUUUCGACACACUCCGCCAGGUUCCUCUUGAUCUCGAGCAUACUGCGUCAAUGCAGUACUCUCAGAAGAUCACACCCCCUGCCGGAUUCGACCAUUGCGUCCGGGUGUACUAUUUCUCUCUUGCCAUUCUCGCCAACGGUUUUCCGUCUCAGUCUAUGAUCGUUGAACAGAUCCCCUUUGCGGACCUGGCGAAGCGGCUCUACCACGCGUGUAUUUUACAUGACUUGGGAUGGAGCUCUGUUUCUGAAGGCCGUGAACAUCCCGCCCAUGCUAUGAGCUUCGAGAUUCACGGAGGAAUCAUGGCUUACGAACAUCUCCUUCGCGAGGCCCCCACCCUGAACGCAAAUCAAUUGGGCGAUAUCGUUCAAAGCAUCAUGCUUCAUACCUCACAAUGGCCUUCGGGGUCAUCCUCGACACUCAAAACACUUCUGUCUCUGGCCGCAUUGUUUGAUAUUGGUGGAUACGAUGCCUUGGGACCUGGCGCAUUCGACUUCUUGAUCAAUCGCCAGACUGUCAAGGAGAUAGAAGCCGCUUUCCCAAGGGGGAAUCUAUAUGCAGAGGGUGGCGAGUCUCUCAAGAGAGAGUUUUCAACCAAGCCGGAUUGUCUGCUCCUCCACUUUCCUGGUGGUGCUGAAUCAUUCAUUGGAGUGAUACGAAAAGAGUCAAUUGUCUCUGAAGCGGAUAUCUAA